UUCCCAAUAACUUGCGGUCACAUACCCUGGUUUGCCCUCCACUCACCACCAGAUCGUUGUUUUUACAACCUGAAACAUCCCACUCGCCAUCUGCCCAUUUGUCUGUCUGCUCUUUCAACUCAAUGAUGAGUGAUUUGCAGUUGAUGGAAUUGGAGGAUGAGCUCAGGAGUGCAGAUACAUUUAUUGAACAUCUCAAGACAGAAGAGACAGAGAAGAACAGACAGAAAACUAGGACUGCAUCACCAAAACCUGUUCAUUGGAAGAAGAGGGACCACAAUGGGGACAUUGUUCACCAGCGCCCACGAGCCCUUAGAAAGCAGUCAACAUCAAGACCAGACGAAGGAGGACAUGUUUCUUCUUCACAGCCAUUAGACCAUGGCCAACACCUAGACCAUGAUUUUGAUAUGCAGCAGCUUGAGGACCUUCUACAGGACUCAGAGAACAUUGAAUCGCAAGAUUUUGUUCAGCAGCCACCAUUGUCCAGUUGGAGUCAAAGGCAGAAAGAGGUCCAACAAUUUUGGCAACAGGCGAGGCCACAGAACCUUGACAAUUUACUUUCUGCUGAGAACAUCGUCCAGAUGACAUGCAAUCACUGUCACGUGAAAGAAGCUGUCAUCCAUUGUGGGGAAUGUAUGCCCUCAGAGUGGUUUUGUGCUGAGUGUGAUGGCUUGGUACAUAAACACCACACUCUACACAACAGGCAAACCAUCAUGGAUGGAUUUUUCAAAUACAUCCCGCCAACAGAGUCUGUGACACUCCAUGAUGGAAAAUACAUCAUUUGUGAACAAGAUUGUGUUCUGCCAACAGCUCUACCUCAAAGGAUAUGCUCCUGUGACACCGCUGAUGCAGCAGUCUCUGUUGGUAGAUCCAUCAUACUGGUUUGCAUAAAUGGCCGUUAUGAUCUUCACGUUCCGGUGCUAACAUGCAAACAUUGCAACCAGAAAUGGGCUCCAGAAGUCAGUGACUUUGUAAAGAGUGGUUACUGGCCCGCUACCAUGCAGGCACAGACACUGUUCCACCAAGAUCUCUUCCAUUCCUUUGAGGCUAUGAAGACAGCAGCUCCAGGAAUGUCCAGACAAGCCUUUACAGCAAUGUUGGACCAGAGAACAAAGCAAUAUGGAAGAACUGGCAAAGUGAAUGCAGAUGCAUUUCAGAGAAGCUUUCUGCAAUUUGUGUACUGCAACUAUGAAGAGAACCAACUUCUUGGAAAGGAGCCAUUGGUCUGUCCAGCCUGUAGCCCUGAAAUGGUGGCUGUUUCUGUGGAUGGCAACAGAAAGUUGUACAGGUUCCAGAAAACAAACCAACUGCAGGAAAAGCGAUGUGUGGUGACUCCCAAUGGAAUGCAGCAAGAGAGACUUCAAAGCGGGCCAACAAGUUGGAUGAAGAAGGUGUGGAAAUUGCUGUGUGUAGACAUGGAUUUCUUCUCAAAGAUUGGUAUGGGUCUGAUUAAGUAGUAGUAAAAAGAUAAA